UUCACAGUUGGUAGUACUGUGAAGCCUCACAUAAACACAGAGGGACACACACAAUGCUCAGCUGGCUGGACCGCGGACAAGACCCAUAACUUCGUGUUAAUUUCAUUUUUCUGUUUUGUUAUUAUGCUGUAUUUUACUUCCUGAAUGUAUAUCAACCCCCACAGCCACAAAAUGAGAGGCAUCCUCAAGAGAAAGUUUGCAGAGGUAGAUGACAACCCCUGCUACUCCUCCUCCUCUCCUCCGUCUUCCUCCCUCUCCUCCCCUGUCUCCUCAGAGUGGGAGUCCGAUGGGGAGAGCAGCCCCUCUGACAUCCAGGAUUUCACACCUCACAGUCCUUCUUCACCUACCAGAUUACCCAUUCGGUCCACCCUGAAGAGGCCCAAGCUCGCAGGUGCAAAGAGCAACGUGCGCUUUGAUCAAGUGACAGUGUUCAGUUUCCCACGCUGCCAGGGCUUCACCAGUGUGCCCAGCCAUGGAGGUGCCACCCUGGGCAUGACGCGGAGGCACAGCACCCUCCAAAUAUACACGGUGGAAGAGCAUGCACUGGAGCAACGGCAAAGGCACAGAGAGAGGCUUAGAGAAAGACAGAGAGAAGAGCGGUUCAAGGCACUGAAACACAAAUUGCUCACUAGUGGGGCCAUUAACCAGAGGGAAGCAGAGAGGCUCACUGUGGAUCAAAUCCAAGAUGAAGACACUGACAUCUACAUCAGUGAUGCUGAGCUGGAGGAUGGAAGUUUCCUUCAGCCGUACUCCUCCAAACAGCGGCAGGCUCUCCUCCAGGCAGCGGGGGUGAAGCGCAUAGACAGGGAGGAGAAGAGGCAGCUCCACGCCCUGCGUCUCUCCCGGGAGGCCUGUGGAUGUGACUGCCGAGGCUUUUGUGAGCCAGAGACCUGCGCAUGCAGUCUGGCGGGAAUCAAGUGCCAGGUGGACCGCUUGAACUUCCCAUGUGGCUGCACUAAGGACAGCUGUGGAAACACUCAGGGGCGCAUCGAGUUCAACUCCCGAGGUGUGCAGACUCAUUACAUCCACACCGCCAUGAGACUCGAACUGGAGAAGCGACUGCAAGAUGAAUCACUGAGCCAAGAGGAUCAGACAGGGUUCCAAGAGGACCUUCAAGAGUAUGUGGACCAGGAUGAGGCCCAUCCAGUGCAGAAUGCACAGGACAAGAGCUGCCCAUUUGGGUUCACCAUGGAGGAAGAUGACCUUCCCCUCACCAUGCCAACCACUCCUUCCUUUCAUUUCAUCCCAGAGCGGUUGGUAGUGGAGGAGAACAGUUGCAGCAGCAACAUGACCGAAUCCUCUUGCUCCUCCUCUGACUCUGAUGCAGGAGGAUGUCUUAAUGGGAGUCAGAAUCUCCCUGAAGUUGAUGGAGGGUUGUCGUGUGCUGUCAGCAUCUGUGACUCUGACAAUAAUAACUACUCUACAUGCAGCCAACUGCAGCGCAGCAGCAACACUUCCACUUACAGCACUCCUAAUGACAGUAAGGGACAACUGACAGCCAAUACAUUCACAGACAAUAUAAACUGGACUUCACUGUCAGAUUACCUUGAUGAGAAUGCAAACCAAUCCAGAGACUUCUUUGACAAUGACUCUCUUGAUAACUUCCCCAACACUCCCUCCCCCACUGUGGACUAUUGCUCUGGCAGAUACGUGGACCUGAGUCUCUCCUCUGACUCUGACCUGGAGUUCUUUCACUGUGACUACACCUCUGGACCUCUGCACAGCUCUUUCAAACUACACAGACAACCAGACGCCGUUUGUCACCUCCAGCUGUAUAGCUCUGUUAAUUUGCCACAGUACGAGUCGAGCACCUACCUCCUGGAGUCUCUGAUCGGCCUGACUGAACCGAGCCCAGAACAGGGUUAUGCAGCCAGCAAUACCAAGCUUUUAUAGCUGAGUCCAGGCAUUCUAGUGACAUAACAAAACUGCGUAAGAGAAUUUAAUGUAUAAAGCACUGCUUUUAUGUAUUUGUAAGAAUAUUUCAGUGUACAAAGAUGAUUGAUAAAAUAUUUUUUUCUAUUGCUUAAAAAUAAUUUUGCCUUUCUUUCAGAGAAACCAUGCUUAAAUAAAUAAUAUAUGUCUUGUUUUUAUUUUAUUUCCAGAACCUAUAUAAUGAUUUCUGACAAGUUAUUUAAUUUCUUGGAUUUGACAGAGGGCAUGUAUUAUUUUUUAAAGAAACACUCAGCUCUGAUGCAAGAGUCUCAUCAUUGCUAAUUGCAAAUUUAAACACAUAGCUGGGAUGCCUGUCUACUUCUGAAUUUUGGAGUAGUUGUUUUUUAAAGUAAUAUUUAUUCCAGAGACCAUAAAGGUCAAAUUAUUGUCCCAGAUAUCACCAAAAAUAUCCAAAUUUUGCUGGCAGCUGGCCAUGGUAUAAGCAGGAUAAUCCACUUUGACGCAUGCAGUAAUGUAAAAAAUAACUUUAAUAAUUUUCAACCCUGCAGGGUGUGAAUUAUUUUUAAAUAACUGCCUGGCUAAUUGUGGACUAUCCUGGAUAUGCUCUACAGUAUGUAUAGAAAAUUUCUGUAUUGGAGUAAUAAAAUAAAACAUUGUUAUUUAUUUA